AUGUUUAUUGGUAUAACGGGUCCUCGUCUCGUAGGAAAACACACUGUUGCCAAGUGGCUCAUUUCCAAACACAAGUUCACUUUAGUCUCUCUACGAGACGGUAGCUACGUAGUUAAAGACGAGGACGGAAUAUUUGAGACGCCCAAGAAACUUUUGGAAUAUGUCACGAAAAAUUGGAGGAGAAAUUUUGUAACUUGUAAUGUUGAAACAAAAGAAAUUUUAGAAUUGUAUAGAAAACGCCCAUUUUUCUUCCUGAUUGCGAUGGAUGGACCAGUAUUAACUCGUUAUAAACGAUACAGACUUCU